AUGAACGAUCGCGAACGCCCUUGGGGCCUGCCUUCCAAUGGCCCCGGCCCCAAGGAACGGUGGCCCUUGGUGGAUGCAUGCAACGGCAGCGGCACAAACCCCGGAGCAGCUGGGAUGUCAAGAGCAGAGAAAUUCGAACAUGAGAAGCGGAGGCUCAUUCAGAGCUGCUUUGCCAAACAGGACGCAGAUGGCUCCAUUAUUGAAUCCUAUAUCACACACAUACGAAUUACGGAAGAUGCGGCCUAUCCUUCAAGCCCUCCCCCGCCAGACUCUCCCCCUGAAAAUAAAAAACCCCGUUUAGUAAUAGUCUCUGUGAGGAAAUCCGGAAGGGUUCGCCUCCAUAAGGCAAGGGAGAAUAGCGACGGUUCAUUUUCAGUUGGGAAAACUUGGAUGCUGGAUGAUUUGACGCGUAUUCAAAUUUACGAACACAUGCCUGCAUCGAACCCCUCGGAGCAGCAGCAGAAAAUGUGGGCAUCCAAUCUUGGGUUCGUGGUGACCGUAUCGAAGCCCUACUAUUGGCAGGCUGCCUCGCCAAAGGAAAGGGACUUCUUCAUUGGAAGUUUGGUGAAGAUAUAUAAGAAGUAUACUGGAGGGAAGGUACCGGAACUACUUGGUUUUGAUCCUCGUGAUCGAGACGUUAUAACCGGCGCUGCAUCUCCUGGCCAGCAAGCUGGUCCUCUCAUGGGACCUCGCGAUUCUCCCAUGGGACCUCGUGAUCCUCCCCCAGGCCGUUCAGGUGGUUUGGGGCAGCAAUCCAUAUCCCCGCAAACUCAAUCCAAUCUCUCGCAACCUCCAUAUGCAGCUGGUCGCCUUCCUGGCCGUGAUGGUCUAAGAGAGCUGGGCUGGCAGCCAUCCAGGGAACAGUUCCCAAGCAACCCCCCUGGCCAGGAUGAAGGACAGCGACUUCGUCCUCAAUUUCCUCCGUCUAACCAUCCUCAACCAAGGGGCUUUCGUGGUGAGCUGCGUGGUGAGCCGCCUUUGAAGCCAGUCGAACACACUAUUCCCAAUGAUCCUUCAACCCUAUCACCACUCCACGCUGGCCCGGCGCCGCGAAUGCCACCCGUUGGCGUAGCUCCUUCGCCAAAUCCGCUAUCAACUUCAAUGGGCAACCAACACAGAACGAAGUUUAACAAUGAAAAUGGCAUUCGUCCGGCAAGAGCGCCUGCGCCAAGUGGCAAAGUUUCACCCAUCGAAUCCAGCAAACAAGCCGCCCCAGAUUCUGAACUCAAUUUCGAUUUGGAGGGCCCCGUUAAACAUACUAUAGAGGCCGCUAGAAACUCUCCCCUAGAGGAAGAUGAGAGCCCUAUCGUGCCUGAACCAUUAGAUUUGCCUAAAAUACUUUCAUCUUCAAUAACCCCCGCUACACCUGCUGAGCCAACUGCAGCGUCCUCGACCGAAGCAGAAGCAGAAACGCAUCGUCCAGGCCUUGGCCCAAUGGUAAAGAAGAAGCAAACAAAAGACGUGGCCUCUUCACUUCGGAGGGCCGCUAAUGCUUACGGCGCGUUUUUUCCUAGAGCCGGAGGAGCGGCAGACAGAUUACUGGCAAAAGAGAAGAGCGGGGCUGAGCCAGAUAAUGUUACCGGUGUGAUUUCGGCGCCCCUAUCCAGAACUAUGACAGAUGAGUCCACUAAAACUGCCGCUACUUCAACGGAGUCAUCAAUUAAAGAUGCAGAACCAAUCGUGACACCCAAGGAAAUGGCUACCGUGCAGGAAGCACCGAGGAUUCAUGAAGUAGCCAAGGUUCAGGUUUCUGAGCCUGCGUCCUACAACCCACCCCAGCCAUCAAACAAGAGUGCUGCUUCAGCAAAUGAUAAUCCGGGAGUUGCUCCCUCAAAAACGGCGCCGUCGCAAGCAGAACGCCGACGCCAACGUCGUAAGGAUAAUACAGCACAAUAUUGUACCGCUCUUGCCAUCGACCCCAGUAUUUUGGAAGGCAGAGGAGGAUACUUCGAUGAUAUAUUAAGUGAUCUCGGAUGGGAUGGGAAGUUGAGCGAGGACAAACGGAUUGAGGACCUUGAAGCAGAUGUUCGGCGAGAGAUUGGACGGGUACAGGCAAGCAGUUGGCUGGGUCACCUCGAGCUUCAGGAGGGCAAAGUGGACCAGCUCGCAAAGCUGUUUGACAAAACAAUUGCUGAGUGCGAUGAACUAGAUGGUCUCUUGAUGUUAUAUGCACAUGAACUAAACACCUUGGCGGACGACGUUGCCUAUAUCGAAGCUCAAUCUCAAGGUUUGCAGGUCCAAACCGCAAACCAAAAGCUUCUGCAAAAUGAACUACAAAAUCUCCUUAAGACGAUUUCCAUUUCCUCAACUGACCUCAGCGCCCUUCGGGAAGCAUCCCUCAGCAACCCGGAUGGCAUUCAAGAAACAGAAUCUUCCCUUGCUAUCUUGUACAAAGCGAUGGCGACGAUUGAUCCUGAUAUUGGAAUAAACAAAAAGAGGCUUGCUGACGCUGCUGGUGAUCGGGGUGUCCUUGGCGUGUAUGCUGAUACUGAAAUUGGACAGAUGCGCGCAGUGAAGGAGAAAACGGUUGACUACCGUAAUGAAGUCCAGCUCUUUCUACAACGUUUGAAGCAAUAUAUGAGCCUUGCUUUUAGAAUCGCAGAGCAAAAAAUGAUGGAUUCGAUUGCAAACUCCAAAUCAGAGAAACUUAUUUUGGGUGCCCAUGACCACGCCCGGCAAGAACUCUGGAUGUAUAGCUCGUUGAUGCUUUUUGCACGUGAAGUCAGCCCACCGGAUUGGAGCGCCAUUACCACGCAAUAUGAGCAACAGAUGAAAAAACCAUAUCAGAACGAGUUUAGGGACAAUAUACUGGCAUGGAAGCGUGAGGCACGGCAACCUACCGGCGAUGAGCAGGAAUUGUUAUUCACUCACCAGGAGAAGGAACGGGAUGGAGAUGGCAUCACAACUGCCGCUCGGAAAUUGACAGUGAGGCGAGGCAAAACGGUCCGCGUUGCCGGAAACCCGCGAGCUCCAGGACCAGAUAAUAAUGGGAAAAUUGAGCCUUAUGAGGUGUUUGGCGGUUCAUUGGAAGACACAACGAAGAUCAUUGCGGAAGAACAAAACUUCGUGGUGAAAUUCUUUCAUCUCAACUCACUGUCAAACAUUGAGUUCCCAGAUCUGGUCGCUGCUGCUCGACCAGAGGAUAGAAGACCGCCAAUAUUCAGCGUCAAUGAGUUAUAUGAUCCGGACCGUGACAUGGCUAAGAAAGUCGAGCAGAUUAUGGAUGAAAUAUUUUCUCCCUGGACUUCUGAUAUGCAGAGUUUAGCGGGGUGGGCCUCUAGAGCUGAACCUCUGCAAGGAGUUGGUGUAUUAUUUGCUUUAGAGAGGAAGAUAUCUGCUUUUGAUGAAACGAGCCAGGAAUUCAUCGUUCGCAAUCUCCAGAAAAUACAUUCUCAUUUUAUGGGGCUCUUCAAUCGGUUUGUCGAAGAGCAAAUCCGUGCUAUCGAAGAGACAAAGGUCAAAGUCAAGAAACGUAAAGGGGUUAUCUCGUUCAUGCGAACUUUCCCUAAUUUCUCUGCAACGAUCGAAAAUAUGAUCUCAUUAUCCACCCAAGAGACGCUCGACAUACGGCUCUGUGUAAAUGAAGCCUACGAGAAAAUAAUCCGCGCCAUGUGGGACAGUUUGAAAUUUAUCGCCAAAGAAGCGCCCGGUCAGCAAACCGUCUCAUCAGGAGGUGCUCAAGACCCAGAAGACAAAGAAGCGCUUAAUUAUCACAUUCUCUUGAUUGAGAAUAUGAAUCAUUACCUCGAAGAGGUUGACUGCCGCGAUAACCUCGUUCUGACCGAAUGGAAGGAUCGUGCAACACACGACUUACAAGAGCACUUACGGCUGUAUAUUGAUGCAGUAAUUCGCCGACCCCUCGGUAAACUGCUUGACUUCAUCGAAUCGACAGAAUCCCUCCUUCAGACCGCAGCCACACCAACCGAUAUCGCCCUCCGCACCAGCCAUUCGCGCAUCCUCGUUAAGAAACUUCUCACUUCGUUUGACGCCAAGGAGUUGCGAAGGGGCAUCGAUGCUCUGAAGAAGCGUAUCGAGAAGCAUUUCGGAGACGCGGAUGAUCCGGGCGUUUCGCGCAGUUUGGUGGUAAAGGUGUUGAAGGAAUGUGAAUCGCGGUAUUCCGAUGUACAUGAUCGUUCGAGACGGAUUAUUGAGCUGGUUUAUGAAGGGCAGGUGGAAUUGGAGUGGCGGAAAGAGGAGGCUGCAUCGAUGUUCAAGAGAUGA